GCCUUUUCUAUCCUGUGAAAUAUUUGCAAAGAAGAUCAACAGGUGAAAGACAACUUUUUAGCUGAGAUUAUUUCAGUUUUUGUGUUGAUGUCUGAUGUCACUCUGUUCCAGUGAGGCUGAACACUAUUCGGAGGAGCGACACUUCUAACCAGCCAGAUUUCAGACAUAAGGAAAAAACAUCAAAUUCUGUUUUCCUCUCCGCCCAUCAAGCUGUGACUUGGCUCAGUUUGUUUCUCUCCAUUAAUAUAAGCUUCAUAUUGUGGGUAUGUCCCACAGACCUCCGAAGACACACAAUACUUACAGGGUUGCUUUGUAAGAGUUUCUGCUGAUUGUGACCCUGCUGGCAUUUGACGGUGGUAAACUCAGAGUCAGCAAUGCCAUUGAACCUGAAGAGAAUGUGAUCGGGCUUCCUCGUUGCAGAUUGAUACGGCGGUAUUCUUGUGGUGUGAAAGCUCCUGGUCACUUGUUACCCAGUACGUUACUGUGGUUUUUCACAAGUAAAAUGAGAUGAGGCACUUUCUGUUUAGGGAACACUAUAACUCAUUUAUUGUCCUCCAAACACAGAAAUGUAAAAACAGUUUAAAAAUAACUUCAUGUAAUGACACAGCAAGGUCCCUCAGUGUAUCAGCGCUUCUAAGGGUGUUGCCAUUUACUAUGGAGUUUCCUCCAACACUUGACCUGUAAAACUCCUCACAUGUCCAGAUUAAACUCUGUCCCCUAUUUCUCCGUCCCUGUUUCCAACUGGUCUACAUCCAGUUCUGUCCAUUUGAUAACCUUCCUCACCUCCCACAACUGCACCAACAUUCAUGUCAUCAGUGAUCUGAUCAGCCCGUGUGUAUUUUAAUCUGAUCAGACAAAGGCCCCAUCGCUGAUCACUGUAGACACACUGGUUACAUAUCUACAGUCAAAAUCAUUCUCAAUUCCAUCAGCCCGAGUGUUGCUACACAAUACACCCCAUUCAAACCCUCCCACAGAGACUACAGGGAAGUUACAUGAUUGUUUGAACAUGUUCUACAGAUAUCCAAUGAAAUGAAUUAACUGAAGAAUCUUUUCUUCCAAUAGCCAUUGGGAAUCCAAAGCAUUCCCAUCCUUCAUUAACAUACUGAUCUGGGUGCUGCCUAUUUAACUCGUGCUCCCGGCCGAUUCCGCUUAUUUCUGGGUCUGAAACGGUCGGAGGAGAUGCCUGAGCCAGGGAAAUCCGCUCCGAAGAAGGGCGGCAGGAAAGCUUUGCCCAAAACUGCGGGUAAGGGAGGUAAGAAACGUAAGAGGCUGAGGAAGGAGACUUACGCCAUCUACAUCUACAAAGUGAUGAAGCAGGUUCACCCCGACACCGGCAUCUCCUCCAAGGCCAUGAGCAUCAUGAAUUCAUUCGUGAACGAUAUUUUCGAGCGCAUCGCGGGUGAGGCUUCUCGCCUGGCCCAUUACAACAAGCGGUCCACCAUCAGCUCCCGGGAGAUCCAGACCGCUGUGCGCCUGCUGCUGCCCGGGGAGCUGGCCAAGCACGCCGUGUCCGAAGGGACAAAGGCGGAGACCAAGUACACCAGCUCCAAGUGAAGCUGCCCAGUGAGAUGAUCGAAAACACAACGGCUCUUUUAAGAGCCACUCACAAUUUCAAUGGAAGAGUUGUACUAGCUUUUACGUAAUAAAUUACACAUACUUUAUGUCUGGUGACUUUUACAA